UUCAUAUACUAAUACCUAAGUAAUUGCCCUAAGAAGAAAAACUAAACAAAGUAUGACAUUUUUGGUAAUGGAGAAACAUUUUUUGCUUCAAAUAAUCGUGUCUAUUGCUUUAGCCUCUAUUCUUGCACUAAUUUUCAGGCUGUACAAAGCCCUGGUGGUGGCGCCCCGACUGCUGCGGCACGCGCUGAAGCAGCAAGGCGUCGGAGGGCCGCCACCAUCUUUUCUACUUGGGAACAUCAUAGACAUCAAGAAUUCACGAGCUUCUCCUGCAGCCGCUGCCGCUGUUGCCGCCGCCGCCGGAUCACCGGCCUCUCACAACUGCGAAGCUAUUCUCUUUUCCGCUUUUAAUGAAUGGAGGCAGCUAUACGGUGAUAUGUUUAUGUUUUCACUUGGAAAUACACCAGUAUUAGUUGUGAAUAAAUAUGACGUAAUAAAAGAGGUGAUUACAUGCACAUCCCUCGAUUUGGUUAAACCUUCAUUUCCUGGGUUAGAUUUGGAAGCUUUGUUGGGAAACGGCAUUGUGACAGCAAACGGCAACAGUUGGGCUUAUCAAAGGAAGAUUCUUGCUCCUGAAUUGUUUAUUGACAAAGUCAAGGGAAUGACAAAUUUGAUUGAACAAUCAACAUUGAUGUUGAUAGAGUCCUGGAAGGGUCUGAUUGAAGCUGAAGGUGGCAAAGCUGAUAUUAAAAUUGAUGAUUAUUUAAAAAAAUUCUCAGGAGAAGUAAUUUCAAGAGCUUGUUUUGGAAGUAGCUAUGCUGAAGGGGAACAACUUUUUCAAAAACUUGCUGCUCUUCAACAAAUUACAGCCAAGAAAGGAUUCUCUUUGGGUAUUCCUGGCAUGAGACAUGUUCCCACAAAGCACAAUAGAAGCUCAUGGAGGCUACAAAGAGAUAUAAGAGAAUUGAUAUUGGCACUAUUGAAACAAAAAAAUGAAGAAAAUAUGGACAAAAAUAUGCUUGGAAUGAUUCUCAAAGGGGCAGCUGAAAGCAAUAGUAAACCAAGCCCAGAUGCAAUCACAAAAUUCACCAUUGACAACUGCAAAAGCAUUUAUUUUGCUGGAUUCGAGACCACUGCGAUCGUAGCAUCUUGGUGCCUUAUGUUAUUAGCUUCGAAUCCAGAAUGGCAGCAUCGCGUGAGAGAGGAAGUUGUUGGAAUUUGCAGACGAAAGCCUCUAGAUUUUGAUUCUCUUAGGCAUAUGAAACAGUUGACAAUGGUAAUCAAUGAAUCGCUAAGGCUUUAUCCUCCGGUGGGUGUGUUGGCACGAGAGGCAGUAAAAGAGAUGGAAUUCAGCGGCACUCGUAUUCCAAAAGGUGUUACAAUAUGGAUACUGAUUAUAACUUUGCACACAGAUCCGGACAUUUGGGGACCAGAUUCUUACCAGUUUAAACCAGAGAGGUUCGCCAACGGCACAGCUGGCGCGUGCAAACUCCCACAUUUGUUCAUGCCGUUUGGGUUUGGGCCGAGGAUAUGCUUAGGGUUGAACCUAGCAAUGCUUGAACUCAAGAUACUUGUUGCUCACAUAUUGUCCAACUUCUCUUUCUCUCUGUCUCCAAACUAUGUUCAUGCUCCGGCCAUGAAUUUAGUUAUGGAGCCUGGAAAUGGAGUUCGUCUCGUGAUUCAAAACUUGGAUGCUGCUUCUUAAGACAACAAUUUAAUGUGCCAAUGCGCUUCAAAUAAUAUAUUCUUCUUUCACAAUGGUUUUUUUUUUUAUGUCAAAUUCAGAGGAGAAGGAAUUGACAUGAUACGUAUCUUGCAUUAUUCGUGCCGAGUCAAAUGUGGACUCCUAUUGUGGGACAGAGAUAGUAUUUUAUAAUAGUUGUUCGUUUGUUUCAUAACUUCUCA